GCGCCCGAGACGUCAUUUUCGUGCGGUCGCGCGCCUAAAUAAGAGCAGGAAGAAGAAAGAGAAAAGAUCAAGCAUUCGUGUGUGAAGCUUUUGCAUUUCGCGCGCGCUCGGUGAGCAGAAAUGGAGAGAACUACUGUGGUGGAUUUGGUGGUUGUUCGCUGUGCCGGCUUCGCAGUUUUCGCCCCCGUACUGUCCGUGCCGCCACGGUCCAAGUGAGUGCGCGCCAUUUGCCGCGGAAGCUGUAGACAUUUUGCGCCCUCCCCUGGGUGUGUAUGUGGUGGGGUUUCUUUAUCGGUGCGGGAGGAGACCGUAAACACCCUCGUCGGAAAAGACGCGCAAUUCCCGCGACAGUCUGGUACUGCCGCCGCCGUCCGCCCGCCGUCCACGGUGUACCUUUUGGGUCGCUCACGAGCCGGCCCUACCUUUGCUCCAUCGCCUCUCCCCAGCUAGCCAGUCUGGCUCGGGAGUGUGUGUGUAUCGUGAAGGGAAGAGUUUUCGAACCCUCUGCCGCAAUCGAUCGGCCAGCGGAAUCACUUGGAUGGCAACCGGCCCAGCGGCAAGAUCGGCCUUUUCUCCAGAUCAACAGUGCGGAGCGAUAAUUGCAGCCGUCGUCGCCAGUGUCCACAUUAACCCGCGAACCACAGCGCCCCGAAGUAGCAGUGUGUCCAGACACCAGACGGUCCAAAGUUUUGGAAGAUCUCCUGUAAGCCUGUAAGGUGCGUGUGCCCUUGUUCAAAGGUUCAGGUGAAGCUGCUCCGAUCGCCCGUUUGGUCGAAGAAAAAAGUGCCUUCUUCAGUGUUUUGUGUGCAAAGACAAAAAGAAAACUCCCGAAAAAAAAAAACAAAAACAUAAACUGUGCGUGUAGAGACGAAAAGAAGCUGCGUUUUCCCUACCCAUACUGUGAAAGUGUUUGGGGCUUUGUUGUUUGGCUUGGUGUUGUAUCAGCAGCAGAAGCAGCAGCGUUAGGAGGAAGAGGAGGAGGAGGAGAGAGGGAUGCUGUGCAUCGUUUGGUGACAGCAGCAGACAAGAAGAGCCUGUGCCGCGAUCUCGCGGUCGGUGUCGGUGUGUGCGUGAAUCAAAGCAAGCGGUGACUUUUUACUUCCUCCUCUUUUGCUGGCUGCUCCAUCUGCACAGUUGGUGUGUGCGUGCUUGUACCACUGCGCCCACCAGACGGGGGACACAAGAAAACUUGUUUUCCGGUGUCGGUUCAUCGGUUGGAAAAAUAAUUAAAUUUUGGGAAAGAACUUACUCUUCCUCCCAUUUGCCUUAACUAAGAAGCAAUAAAUAGGCAAAGGUGCAAAGGUUUGCCAACGUAUUAUCGGGCGGAGAGAGAAAGAACAGUCUCACCUGCAAAAGGACAAUCAUCAAGUAACCAUGGCUUCGAACGACAACAGCGACCUGCGGGAAACGCAUCGGAAAAUCUGCCGUGCGCUCAACAUCGACGCAGACACGGAGAACCGAUCGUGGAGCUCGUUCGAGCGAACGCGCGAUCAGUUCGAUCUGACGGGAGAGCCAACACACUGGAUGUGCUGUGCGCUGUACGUGGCCUGCCUGCAGGAGCUGCCAGCCGUCGGCGAUCCGGACCACUACAUACAGGGCAAUGGCGUGAACAUUACGAACCUGUUGACACAGUGCGAUAUUAAAAUCCAGGAGUUCUUCUCCAAGAUGAAGCAAUGGUCCGAGAUACGCUCACUCCCCGGGCGGCUCCGCACGGCGGUCGACAAUCUGCACCACGAGUUUUCCGUCUCGAUCACGACGUACACCGUGUUCGGGGAGGACUUCCCGCGCAUCUUCAACGAGGCGAACAUCGUGCCGGACGAGCCGAAGCGCAACAAGAAGAGCAAACCGAACCCGUGCUCGUACAACCGGCUGCGCGAGUUCAGCUGGCUGCUGUUUCUCACCGUGAAGGAGCAGCACCGGGAGCAGCGCCGGGAUCUCGCCACCGCCAUGGACCUGUGCGUGUGCGUGAUGGAUCUGAUCUAUCGCAACGUGGUCGCGGACGGCCGGAUGGAUCUGGUCAACCCGAAGGUGCUGCAGGAGGGCGGCAGCAGCUCGGUCGAUGGGACGACGGCGGCCGCCGAGGCGGCGCUGAAGAUAAACGUGCGCGAGCAGCUGUGCAACGAGUAUCCGACCACGAGCGAAAGCGUGGACGAAACGAACCGGAGCGUGUUUCUGCCCGCCCUGUCGAGCAUGGUGGAGGCGAACGAUCUGCGGGGCACGCGGGCACCCGACGGGCAAUCGUUUCUCGGGCUCGUAUCGGUGGCAAACUUCGAGGACAACCUGAAGCUGCUCAAUCGGCGCUACGAGCGGUGCAUUCUGCGGUGCGGUAUGCUGGACGAGCGGAUUGCGCUGAGCAGCCGGUCGUCCCCGACCAGCCAGCGCAAUCGGUGGAGCGUGAAUGUGGCUGGACCGCCGCGCACUCCGCUCAGCCUUAAAUCGGGCCGCACUGGUGGUGGUGGCGGGGUUGGAAUGGUUCGUGGCAUUCGCGUUGGUUUCGCCAAUGGCGGACCGGAGCAGUCCAGCGGCAGCCCGUUCGUGGUGCGCGGUACGCUGUCCCAGCUGAUGAAGCGCAUCCGGGGCCACGAGCCGGGCAGUCCGCGUGGUACGUUUCUGACGCUGAUGAAAAACUGUACGCCCAGCCCGCUCGGCACGGUGCUGGAGCAUGUGGACCGGAUGCGGGCACGCUUUGUCAAGCGGCUGACGGAGCAGGAGGGCUGGAAGCUGGCCCUGGCCGACUGUCGGUUCGAUGCGGUCGAGGCGCUGUACUACCAGCUGCUGGAGAACAUCAUCCCGUGGGAGCUGAAGAAGCGCCCGUCGAUGACGGUGUCGAGGGUGAUCUACGAUCUCUGCUCGAACGCGUUCUUCAACGAGACGGUGAUCGUGUGUGCGGCGGAAAUCAUCUUCUUUCUGCGGCAGGAGCAGCACAACUUCCCCUGGAUACUGGAGGUGUUUGGGAUGGAGCCGUUCCGGUUCUUUCACAUCAUCGAGGUGACGGUGACGGCCAACAAUGACAUCCUCACGUCGGACAUUGUGAACCAUCUGCGCAGGAUUGAAGAGCAGCUGGUGGAUUCGAUCAGCUGGAAGAGCUCCUCGGUGCUGUGGGAGUGUAUGGAGAAGGAAAACUAUCAGAUACCGGCCAACAAGGACGUCGAGCAGCGGGCUGAGAUUGCCGGCGUGACGCCGCUCAAGGGUGAUUCCGUACCGAACACACCGAACGGUACACGGGGCGGCGGUCCUUCGACGUCAACCGCAACAACAGCCGCAACCACAACAACAGCGACCACCGCCACCGGUCGCCCGGUACCGCAUCCCGACUCGGCCAAGAAAAAACUGUUUGUCGAUCUUCCGGCAACACCGACGAAAUUGCCACCACCACCGGCGGCAUCAACUUCUUCUGCAACGCCGUCCGCUGCUACAGCGACGUCCACCAGCACCGGUACAACCGUGGCUACUGCAGCCGGAUCUGCCACGUCCGCCUCGUCGUCGGAAAUGGCCAAUGUGCCAGGUAAUGGCACGAACGGUAGCAGUGAUUCCAAGUCGAUCUCAUCGUUCAGCUCGCCGCAGCGCAGUGCGCACGAUCCGCAGCAUCCACCGUCGAACGAAACGCGUCGUUUGAACUUUUUCUUCCGCAAGAUGUACCAGGUGGCGUACGAUCGGCUGUGCAAUCUCUGCCAGAAUCUCGGCAUCGAUUCGGAGGUGAUCCAGAAGCUGAUCUGGACGAUACUGGAGUUUACCAUCACGAAGUGCUCGCAGGAGCUGAUGCGCGAUCGGCACCUCGAUCAGCUGCUGAUGUGUGCCAUCUUUGUGACGAUGCGCAUCAAGAAGCUGCCGAACACGUUCAAGCAGAUCAUGCACUGCUACCACAGCCAGCCGCAAGCGAACAGCUCCAUCUACCGGAGCGUGUUUAUACGGUACGAAAGUGCGGCAGCGCCGCCGGACGGGAGUGGUAAGGAGGUGGAGGAGGAGGCGAAGGAUGCUGACGAGUGUAGCAAUGGACAGGGGAAGAAUGGUACCACCACCACCACCACCGCCACCGCCAGCAGCAACGGUGAGGCGACGGGUGAUGCGAGUGAACGGUGCCCGGUGACGGAGAUGGCCGGCACCUCGGUACAGUACGGGCGGGAGGUGUACGGGGACAUUAUAAAGUUCUACAACGACAUCUACGUCGUGACGGUGCACCACUUUGCGCUGCAGUAUUACAAUGCUGAUGUGUCCCAGGAAUCGCUCUUCCUUUCGCCAACGCCCAAAUCGCAGAUGCGCAACAUCCAGAAAUCGCCCCGCCAGAUCAGCUCCGGCAUCAAUCUGUACGUUUCGACGACGAACAAGAUCAGCUCGCUCAAGGACUCGCCGAACGUGCGCGUACUCACCUUCCCGUCGAGCCCCGGGCAAAGUCCAACGAUGCACGAGCGCAAGUUGCCGCUGCUGGUACGGGGCAAGGUGGGCGAAACGGCGGCCCGCCGGCUGACCGAACCGGCCGCAUACGAGCCGACGCGGGCAACGAAGCUGCGGCGGCUGGAUAAAAUCCACCAAGAGCGACAGCAUCAGGACAACGAGAUGUCGGAGAACGAGUAGUCCUGCUGUAGUAGUAGUAGUAGUAGUCACGAUCUGCUGUUUGAAUCCCCUCUUCUUACCCUUCAUCCAUUCAUCAUCCCCGCUAGAGGCGUAUUUUAAUUAUUUUUUGUUGGUUUAAGUACGAAUUUAAUCUUCGGUAAGAGAGAGAGCGAGGAGGACAUAGGACAAUCUUGAGGACUCUUUAUGCACGGACAAAAUGGAAGGUACUCAUUGUGUAGGGGGGGGGGGGGGGAGGGAUGGUUUGACGACCUAUACCCGAGUAAGAGCUCCUAGCAUUGAUUUGCAUAUUCGAAUAGGUAUUUCGAUACACACUUCUCUUUUAAUUGAACCAUUUGGCUUUAAGCGGACAAUGCUUCUUUGGUGGAAGCUCGUGGCGUGCCUCACUUGUGUGCCUGGACUUGUUUUAUUACUUUUUAACGUGAUCAGCAGCCUUGUUUCUUCCCCUCGUAGGCUGGUUGCCUAGAACGAUAGGUAAUGUGUUUUAGCUUGUCACGGUUUCUUUUUUUUCCGGACCUUCUCCUCGGUUUUGGAAAUUACAAAAAAACGCUUGGGAACGGGGCUAAUGGUUUUAACGACAUGUGUAAUUCUAAGCUUUAUAAAAUGAACCACCCUUUUAGUUUUAUCCUUUCGCGGUCAUCGCGGCAUUGGAGGGCGUGUGUGUGUGUAUGUGUCUUGUUCCACUGCAAUUCAAACGAACAAUUACGACCAGAUUGAAGGCAGACUAAGACUAAUGUGUUUAAAAUAACCGCUCCCUGUCUAAGUUAAACGUAGGCAUUUGGGUGGCAUUUAGCGGAGAUUAAAGUAAAGCACCCCUCGGUGUUAAUUGCUCGACUCUUUGUUUAAGCUUAAACAUUAUUGAACUAAGAAGGCAAAUGAGUGGCUUCCCUCCAUCUACUGACGUUUGCUUUUCGCUCCCCGCGUCAUUCGCGUCCACGCGCAAUUCCGUCCAAUUCUCAUCCAUUCCCGGAUCCCACACACUGGCGACAAGUUUUGGUGGAUCUCAAAGUUCGGUGUCUUUCAUGUAAUAAUGUGAUCUUCUUUUAUUUCCAAUUUAAACAAACAAACAAACAAACAAAAAGCGUAUUCUCUCGGUUUGGGUUUUGCUUUAAAUUAGGUUGUUGCCCUCCUGUUGGUACAAAUCGUUUAAACGCACCUUAUGUGUGUGUGUCUGUGUGUGUAUGUAGGUACACACGUAUCCACUGUGUGUAUAUGUAUGUGUAUUAGUGUGUGUUUGUGUGUUUGUGUAUUUUUUAAUAAGUAUAUGCGAGCGGGGGACAGUGCACACUCUCCCGAACCACCGCACCUUAUACACCAAUAUCUUGUAGACUUUUAGUAGCAAAUCUUUAAUUACAGCGAAAACCCCCCGACGAUCAACGUAUGUGCGUCCACCCCCCUUUAUAUCCCCUCUUUAGUGUGUAGUGUGUUUAAUGUAUAUUUAUUUAAAACAAAGCAAAAGAAAAACAAACGAAAACCUUCAAACAAUUUACCACCGGAUGUGUCGUGUGGGGAGCGUUUCUCCUCGCUCCCUCCACCACAACGCAAAGAUCUCUUAUGUGAACGCACCCGGCUAUUAUGAUGGUGUAGCGGAGGACGGGUCUCUUGUUGCGAUGAUGAUAAUGAUGAUGGAAAACGAUGAUGCACCAGGUUGCACGUGUUUAUUCCACCGGUAGGCUAAUAGAUGAAAAGCUUUGUAUGAAGAUAUCCGUUCUUGCAACACAAGUUCAGUGCGGCGAAAAGGGAAAAGGAAAGGGGCAGUAGUGUGUCUCACCUUCCCCGACAGCUUGGCAAAGACUGCAGUCGAUUUAAAUCAGCACAACUACUGCUGGGGAAAAGCUACAUUGUUGUAGCUUAACCUUUUUAGUAGAGAUCACCAUUCAGGGGCUCAGGAGGAAAGUACGGCCCUCCCCUCCACGCCUAGGGAAACGAUCCUCGCUACGGAUCGCUAGCUUUGCUGUGGGCGUGUUUGGGUUCGUAUUCGUUUUUACUUGGCCUCUUUAUUUUUGACACUUGUUUUUGGCAUUUGAAACUGUUUGGAUUUGGUUAUCGGUAGCGAGAAAACAGCGAAAUUAUCGUGUAUGUAGUACGUACCGCCAUUACCCAAUUAACCGAAAAUAGAUGCAAUCCAGGAUGAUGAGAGUUGGACACACGUGGACGUUUAAAGAGUUGACCUGCGUAGGGAUGGGAAUGAAAUGUAAAGGCUUUCAAGCGUGAAAUACGGCGUGGAAUAGAAAUUUCCAAUUAUAAUGUGAAAAAUUGAUCCUCUCUCAUUGCAAGUUACCAUAGCCACGAACCAUCACUUUCCCAUUGGAUUGAUCGUCAAACGUGAUCGCGUGAUAUUGGUCCCCGACACGAUUAGAGCGACACGCGACACCGUUUGUUUAAUCAAAAAUUCUUAUCUGAUCGUCUGCGAAAGGACAUCAUACCAACAAAGUCUCCACGAAUAAUGAGCCUCUAUGUCGCUAUUCCACGAUCAGUCUGCACACUGUUUACCUCUGCCUAGUGACACGUGUACUACAACGGACAAACGACACAGCUAAAUUAGAAGCUAUUGUUUUUAUGUAAGGUUUAUGUGUCUUGCAAGCAAAAAUACACAUCCUUGCCCGCCCACCCUUUCUAGCUGUGUAAACAACACACAGCUGCAAACGUUUAUUUUUAAGUGCUACUUGCAAGCAUAAAACUGAUCAACUCAUCAUUAUUUUAUUAGCAUGAUUUAGUGGGACAACACAUUUGUUGCACCAUUUUUGUUCUUUAUUCUAAACUCCAAACCUCUUUUUGUCGCCCUCCUUUGUCUGACUAACUGCUGUCCUCAUAACGAAACGAAAAAAAGGAAGAAAUCCCAAAUCGUACUCCUCGAUACCACCAUACGGCUAAUUGUGAUUUUGUGUUUUUAAUGUUAGGCUUUUCGGUUUAAACUCCCUAAAAUGCUUUCCCUCACCUCACACCCAUAUGCACACGGCCCUUCCCCAUCCCUCAUUAAUUUUAGCGUCGUGUGUGUGUGUGCGUGUGUGAGUGUGUUUCGUUUCCCAUGCGUUAAUGUGCGUUAUUAUAUGUAGCUUCCUUUCUAAUUCUCUUUUUUUUUUAAAGGCCAAUGUAAUAGUCAUUUAUAACCGUUAAACACUUAUUGAGAAUAAAUAUAUCUAUAUUAUAUACACACACAAA